AAAGAAAGAGAUAUUUAUCAGGUUCAAAUACCUUUGUCGCGGUCAGAUAUCACCAAUCCCGAGGAUUUACUGGAAGAAUUAUUGCGGAUUUAUGAUUAUAAUAAAAUAAUUGGUUCACUGCCUGCUGGCUCUCCAACUGCUAUUUCUAAUAGUAAAAAGGAACAAGACGAAAAACAAAAAAGAAUCCUCCGCGCUUAUUUAACUAAUCACGGCUGA